AUGAUGUAUAUGCUGGAAGUGUUUAUCAUUUACUUUUAACCUCUUUGGUCCUAUAUAUAGUUUUGUUGUGUUUUUACUGAUGCUAAUAAUUAAGGUUAAAUUAUUUUGUUUCCAAGUUUGAUGUUAUAAGUCUGAGAAAAAAGAAAGUCACCAAAAAUGACAUAAAUAUAUUUAUUUAAUUUAUGUUUAUUAAUACUGUUUUGAGUGAUCCGCUAUCUUUACGAAAAAUGAGCAUCAUUACCAGUGGGCCACUUAAGAAAAACGGUUCAAUUAACGUAGAAGUUACCCAAACUAAACAUCUGAAAGAAUUUAAUGAGCCAGGAUUUAAUGUAACAGAAGAAAUAUUGGCCAAGAAAGGUUUUGUCUCACCAGAUGAUGUGCUGAGACUCCCAAGAAUAACUGAAAAUUAUUUGUGCUCACCAGAAGCAAAUGUGUAUGACAUUGACUUCACUCGGUUUAAGAUCAGAGACUUGGAGACUGGAACUGUACUCUUCGAGAUUGCAAAACCACCAUUAGAUUCUGAAGAAAUUGUUGCAGAAUUCGACCAAGAUGAGAAUGAUCCAAAUGCGGGUAGGUUCGUCAGGUACCAGUUUACCCCUCAGUUCCUCAAACUCAAGACUGUGGGUGCUACAGUGGAAUUCACUGUUGGCAGUAAAGCAGUCAGCAAAUUUAGAAUGAUUGAGCGUCAUUUCUUUAGAGACAAGUUACUCAAAACAUUUGAUUUUGAAUUUGGAUUUUGCAUUCCAAACAGCAGAAAUACUUGUGAACAUAUUUAUGAAUUCCCCACGUUAGCUUCAGAACUGGUGAAGGAGAUGAUCUCACAUCCAUUUGAAACACGCUCGGAUAGCUUUUACUUUGUGGAUGAUCAUCUAAUUAUGCACAACAAAGCAGACUAUGCAUAUGAUGGCGGUCUUCAGCAGUGAUCUCACAUAGUGUUUGUGAACUUGCUACUUUCACUCAUAGUUAAUGUUUUAAAGUAUUGGUCUUUCAGGUGAGAAUCAGCUGGACAAAUUAUGAUAGUGAUAUUGCAUGAUGAGUGCAUAUAUGUGAUGUUUUUCAUAAAUACACGUGGAAGGAGAUGAUGUAAAAUUUAUGCCUCUGAACAGAAUUUCUUUUAUUUUUAGAUUAUUGAGCUUGGCACCAGCAGUGUAAUUAUUUUAUAUUGAUUUAAGUUAUUGUAGCUUUAUAAAUUUUAAUAGUUUUGUACUAUAUUUGUGUGAUAAAUUAUUUGAAUUAGUGUUGUUCUUUGAGUGUGUAUGAAUGUGUGUGAAGAAGUGUCUAUUGUGCAAACAGCUAUAUUUUUAUGGUACUUGUUAACUACAGUGUUGUGUUAUUUUGGCAAAUAUUGAUGGGUCAUUCCAUAUGAAAUCAACCAGAGGCCUUAACCUCUACACCUUAGAUUUUCAUGUUUUUUUUGUAUAUUGGUAAUAUAAACUAAAUACAUUAUAAAUCUAUUUAAAAAAAAAAAUUUUGAGUAGUUUUUUUUGUAUAAAUUUUUGAAAAUUGCAAAAAUAGCCAUUUUUAGCAAUGUUUUGGAUCACUCAAAUACUUGUAGGUUUCCAACUAAUGGUGCUAGAAGGCUGUUUGACAGCUCAUUUUAAAGGUCAUUGAAUGGGCUUCAAUUUGAUAUGUAACAUGACCAACUUUGGAAAAAAUAUUUUUUUAUUUUUCAAAAUUUUUAAUAUUGAAUUUCUGAAAAACACCAUUUUCGAUUUUUUUUUAAAAAAAAGUAUGUUAUUUCUACAUAUAUUGGUUAGAUUUGUGCCAAAUUUCAAGGUGGAGAAUCAAUGGGAUCAUGAGUAAAUAAAAAUGAGAAGUUUAGUAGAUGCUUAAGAUGUUACUGUGAAAUACGAUAACUUUUGGUGGCUUGCAUGUAUAUUGGCUAAAAAUAAUGAGAAUAAUGAAGUUAAAGUCAGUUUUUUACAUCCCAAAGGACCUGCUGCUUCCUUUUUUUAUCCAACACCAAGAGCCGAUAUACUAGACAUUAGAACUGAAGAUCUUCUUAAAAAGGUUUAACCUUGUACAGCAACUGGGAGAACUUUUACACUCACUAAAAAAGAGAUUGUAGAGACAUCACACCUGCUUGAACUAAGUAUGCCACAACCUUAGUGAAAACUGUAAAUAAUUAAAUAUAUACUAAACAGAUUUUUUUCAUAAGCAAUUAUAUGUUUUGUCAGUUAUAACUUAAGCUACAUCCUUUCAGCAAGAUCAUGUGCUUUGAACUUAGGCUACAUCUGUUCAGCAAGAUCACGUGCUUUGUAUUAUCAUAUUGAUCAAAUGUUUAAUCAAAGAACACUGGAUGAAUGUAAGGUAAGAUUUGUUAUCCGUGUUUUAUAAUUUGUAAAAAUUUUUUAGUCUAUAACAAUAAAAUUUGAAUACUUUACUAAGUCAAAAUUUUAUGUAAAAUUAUGCUACUCUUCCUUGCUGCAACUAUUUCUUAAGGCGGCAUGGUAUCUAAACCAGAGCUAAAUGCAUUAAUUAAAAACUGAAGAUUACUUGAAGCCAAAACUUCUGCCUUGGUAAUUUCGAACAUUUAAUUGCUGCGGAAGAAACAACGCUCGAGAAUUGUCUUUUUAGGACGUCUGCUAAUAAAGUUGGCAAAUAACAUUAUGUAGGAUUGUUGUUUUGCAGUUUUUCAAUGUUGUCUUCCAAAAACAAAUAACGUCCAACUGAUGCUUAAAGCAUUUAUUUAUCUACCAUGCCCCCUUAAGCAUCUACUAAACUUCUCAUUUUUAUUUACUCAUGAUCCCAUUGAUUCUCCACCUUGAAAUUUGGCACAUCUAACCAAUAUAUGUAGGAAUAACAUACUUUUUUUUUAAAAAAAAUCGAAAAUGGUGUUUUUUAGAAAUUCAAUAUUAAAAUUUUUGAAAACAAAUAAAAAAAAUUUUUUUCCAAAGUUGGUCAUGUUACAUAUCAAAUUGAAGCCCAUUCAAUGACCUUUAAAAUGAGCUGUCAAACAGCCUUCUAGCACCAUUAGUUGGAAACCUACAAGUAUUUGAGUGAUCCAAAACAUUGCUAUAAAUGGCUAUUUUUGCAAUUUUCAAAAAUUUAUACAAAAAAAAACUACUCAAAAUUUAAAAAAAAAAAAAAAAAGAUUUAUAAUGUAUUUAGUUGAUAUUACCAAUAUACAAAAAAUCAUAUAAAUCUGAAACAUGAAGUUUCUAAUUUAAUUUUUCUUUGGUUGAUUUGAUAUGGAAUGACUCUGAUGUAAUGUUUAUUACUUGCCUAGAGUUCCUUAAUUCAAAAGCUUAUAACUGGAAUAGUAUUUGGCACUUGAAUAUCCAUUAGUUUUUGUAAUAAGUUCAAUCCUGGUUGUUAACGAUCUUCAUUUAAGUGAAGAAAAUUAUUAGAAAAUCCAAACAUAGAAGGUAGUUUUUAUGAUGUAAUGUUUAUUACUUGCCUAGAUUUCCUUAAUUCAAAAGCUUAUAACUGGAAUUGUAUUUGGCACUUGAAUAUCCAUUAGUUUUUGUAAUAAGUUCAAUCCUGGUUGUUAACAAUCUUCAUUUAAGUGAAGAAAAUUACUUAGAAAAUCCAAACAUAGCAGGUAGUUUUUAUGGCAUCUUGUAGCAGUGGAAUUCAUAAAAAAGGAUUAGUUUUGAAAUUCAAUUAUUUAUACUCAGUGAAUAAAUAGAUACAUAUUACAAUUACCAAAUUAAUGGUUUUGAAAUUUUGUUUUUACUUAUUAUACAGGUGCAAUGGAGGAUUCUAUUUGAUGUCAGUACAACAUAAACAAAUGUGGUGUGUUAAAACUUCCUUUAUUCACCAAAGAGUUUUUAUGAAAUAAUGUGUUCACCAUCAUAGUCUUUGUUUGUAAUUUUUAGGCACCAAUAGUGUGUUAAGAAUUCUUUUCUAUGCUUGUUAGUCAUUGAAAUUUGCAGUUUAUCCAUAUAAAUGCUUGCUUCAUCAUUCUAUCUUUUUAAGAAUAAAAAAUUACAAGCAUGCACAGUACGUUAAAACACAUUUCUGUCAAGGUCAGAAAAAUAGUAACACCGGAAUACUCACAGAUAAAAAUUUUUAGUUGUACAUUAGUAAACUUCUUGAUACAUUGCAGAACUAGUUGGCUUCAUAUUUAUGGAGUGUAGACUUGUUAUGUCACCUGGAUUGACACUGUGGCACAAACAAUGCAAUGAUUGACACCCAAUGAUUUGAGAUAAAAUCUGCGUAAUUUUCUUUUCAUUAUGAGUUACUUGUGCUCAAGAACAGGGAGUCACACAAAUUAUGAGAUACAAGCUAUGUCACACAACUAAAAAUAUUGGUUCUUAAAAAAUUUUUUUUGUGGUUUUUGCUGCCCAGAGUGAUGCUGAGGAGUGAUCGGGGUGAAGGCUUGUUGGGGUCACCACUCAUCACCAAGGAGAGACUGUGGCAGAACUAGGUCUUUCCCAUAGUCUCUUGAAGAGUAGAGGUGAAGGCACAAUGCAAUUCCUGUACUGGUCUAGAACUACACAAGGAAAAACAUUAUUUCAAAAACAAACAAAAGUGGUAGCUUUGUCUCCUCAGAGCCUAUUUCUUAACAACAAAGUUAUCCUCCAAGACUCUACCGGUCGUGUUUACAUGGACAGAGGCCAGACAGCUAAUCAUCGUGUUCCGGAAAAAAACUAGAGAAAGACACUUUUUGUGUGUGCGCCGUAGAUUUUUCGUGAAAAUGUCGGGAUGAAAACAUAACAAGUGUUUCGUAUUAAUCUGUAAUUUAAUAUUAUCACUGCUUUCUGUAUUGCCUUCCGACACCUGCACAUGAUCCAUAGACGUCUGGACUGUCGCCGGCCUCUGUAUGCCCGAGGGGCCAGCAGCUACGUAAUGGCUUUGCACCAUAUUUUCAUUUACUUUUUGACGUUGCCGUAGCGCUUGCAUUCGCUCGGCAUUGGACGUUUUAGGCUUUUUGGAUUCCUUUUGACGCAAGCUUUCCUCUAACGUGUGUUUCCUAUAAUUCUGAGCAUAUUUACGAGUCAUAUGAGACGACAUCGACAUGUAUUUUCAAUUUAAUACCAAUUUGCACUUAUAUUUCAGCGAAUAUUUUUAUUGUCUCACUUUGAGUCCUAGUAGUGCUCCGCAAGCCCUUCACAACAACACCCGAAUCAGUGUCCUUGCAAAACGCAUUCCCAUGCUACAACAAAUUAUAAAUUUACACAAAGCUAAUGCGUAACAAUCACGCGUAUAUGCCUACGCUGGUAUGAUGACGUUACAGGCAAAACAAACACUGCGCGACAAACACGUUUAGACAUGAUCUAUCUGUUGUGGUCUUAACCAUUGUUGAUGCAUUAUUAGUCUCAUAGUUGUUAGUAAUUCAAAUCUGACAGUUUCACACUAGAAAUUUUGGCUGACUAUCACUGUAAUGAGCUAAUAGACAUUUUCCCGUCAAAAACUCAAAGAAUGUCCAUGCAUUGACCAUUAAGCAACUUUCUCAAAAAUAAUGAGUAACAGUUUUUUAACAGUUCAUUUUAAAAUUAAAGGUACUGGAGUUUCUCCCCCACCAUGCAAUGAUUUAUAACUUUCCAAAUAUUUCUUUGGAGUUCAAUUCCAUCUUUACUUAUUCUAAGCCCAUGUUUAAGAUUCAGCUCAAUAUCAAUAUGUUUAGGACUAGCUUGAUAAGCAGUUCUCUGUAAAAUAUAUUAAGAAUAUAUUAAAUAUUAGUUACAAUUUCUCUGAAGUAGUUUCCCGUACAAGGAUUGAGGCAAUAACGCCACAACACCAGCCUUCAUCCUUUUGUUCAAGCAUCUUGUUUGGCAAAGGUUUCUCACAUUGGGUUGGGUGACACAGCUAGGAAGCAAACAAGUUGAAUCUAUUAUUCUAACACCUUUCACGUGACCAUGGUACAAUUUUGCUUACUCCAAAAAUUGCAAUUAAAGGUAUAAUUUUGUGCUGCUAUGGAACUUGUUGCGACAUUUGGUGCGAUUCUCCCAUAUGUGCAUUGAUUAACCCGGUUGAAACUAUUGUUUAUGAUUGUGACCUAUUUAUUUGUAUUGACGAGCUGGGAUUCAUGAAGUAUUAAUUUUGAGAUAUUUUUUAAACUAGUUAAGCUAUUUUCAAAUCACUUUUCAGCAUUUAUGUAGUGUAAUACAACUUUUUAUAUGCUAUGCAUCUUGUCUCAUUGGGCUAUAGUCACUGGAGAUUUGUUUGUGCUAUGUUAUAUCAAAAGGCUUUUAAACUGCAUUUAUGUCAAACAAAAGGAUAAUGCUAGCCUGGAAUGAUAAAAUUAAUUUUUAUAUUUGUGGCAUGUGAAGUCUGAUAAGCAAAACCUUGAAUUUUUGGAAUACACAAAAGUAAAAAUGCACUUAACAAACAUACAUUGAAAUUAAACUAAGAUUUUCUGAAUAAUGUUUUGUGUGAAAAUUGUGUGAUAAAUUUUGUUUAUAACUUGCUGUUCAAAAUGUUAAACUGUAAACUCGGUAACAACAUGAUUCCAUCAUAAGCAGUUUUAAAUUGAACAGAGUUAUGUUUUCUUACUGUCCAGUAUAAUACUGUAAGUAUAAGCAAAACUGUAGUGAGUUGUUGAUUUUGAAACUAUUUGUGUGUGUACUAGAUAUUAAGAAAUAAACCUGGCCUUAUUUUAAA